AUGGUUCUGCUGGAAAGCGAGCAGUUCCUGACGGAGCUGACCAGGCUCUUCCAGAAGUGCGGGCUGCCGGGCAGUGUGUUCAUCACCACGAAGAAGUAUGAUGGCCGAACUAAACCCCUUCCAAGGAAAGGUUCAGUGGAGGGCUUUCUGCCCUCAGACAAUAAAUGUCUAAGAGCUACUGAUGGGGAAAAGAUUAGCACAGUGUGA